AAAUGGCCUGGCCAGAUGCGGCAGGUUUGCUGCUCAGUGCCGCCACCGCCACUGGAGGAGGCUUCGUGCAGCAGCAGCAGCAGCAGCAGCAGCAACAGCAGCAGCAGCAGCAGCAGCAGCAGCAGCAGAAGCAGCGGCAGAAGCAGCAGCGGCAGCAGCGGCAGCGGCAGCGGCAGCAGCAACAGCAGCAGCAGCAGCAACAGCGGCAGCAACGACAGCAGCAGCAGCGGCAGCAACGACAGCAGCAGCAGCGGCAGCAUCGCCCGUCCCGCUGCGCCCCCAGAGCCGCGGCCGCAGCCACAGCCGCAGCCCAGCAGCCGGGACAGCGCUGCCGCCGCCGCCGCCGCAGCCCGCUGGGGAGCCGCAGCCGCCGGCGGCAUGAGGCGCGACCCGACACCCGGCUUCUCCAUGCUGCUCUUCGGGGUGUCACUCGCCUGCUAUUCGCCCAGCCUCAGGUCGGUGCAGGACCAGGCGUUCAAGGCGCCCGUAGUGGUGGAGGGCAAGGUGCAGGGGUUCGUCCAGCCAGGGGGCUCGAAUAGCACCCGAGAGCCCCCAGUCUCAGGCUGGGUGGCGCUGGUGAAGGUGUUGGACAAGUGGCCGCUUCGAAACGGGGGGCUGCAGCGGGACCAGGUGAUCACCGUGGGUUCCUGCGCGCCAGUGGAGAGGAACCAGCGCUACAUCUUUUUCCUGGAGGCCACCGAAGAGCCCAAGGUCUACAAGACGGCCUUCCCUCCCUUGGACACGAACGGCAAGAACCUUAAGAAAGAGGUGGGCAAGAUCCUGUGCAUCGAUUGCGCUAUCCCACCCAAGUUGAAGAAAAUGAAGAGCCAGACGGUCCAGGUGGGGGAAAAGCAGUCCCUAAAAUGUGAGGCAGCUGCCGGCUAUCCCCUGCCCACCUACCGUUGGUACAAAGAUGGGAAGGAACUCAACAGGAGCAAGGAUAUCCGAAUUAAGUAUGGGAAUGGCAAAAGAAACUCCAGGCUGCAGUUCAAUAAGGUGAAGGUGGAAGACGCUGGGGAGUAUGUCUGUGAGGCAGAAAACAUUCUCGGAAAGGACACAGCCAAAGGCAAACUGAUUGUGAACAGCGUGGCCACCACCCUCUCAUCAUGGUCUGGCCAUGCUCGGAAAUGCAAUGAGACCGCCAAGUCAUACUGUGUCAAUGGUGGCGUCUGCUACUACAUUGAGGGCAUUAAUCAGCUGUCCUGCAAGUGUCCUGUGGGAUACACCGGGGACAGGUGUCAGCAGUUCGCAAUGGUCAACUUCUCCAAGCACCUUGGAUUUGAAUUAAAGGAAGCUGAGGAGCUGUAUCAGAAGAGGGUCCUAACUAUCACAGGAAUCUGCGUGGCUCUACUUGUUGUUGGAAUCGUCUGCGUGGUGGCCUAUUGCAAAACCAAAAAACAGAGGAAACAGAUGCACAAUCACCUUCGACAGAACAUGUGUCCAGCCCAUCAGAAUCGGAGCUUGGCCAAUGGACCCAGCCACCCCCGACUAGAUCCUGAGGAGAUUCAGAUGGCAGAUUACAUCUCCAAAAAUGUCCCUGCCACUGACCACGUCAUCCGGAGGGAAACUGAGACCACAUUCUCUGGGAGCCACUCCUGUUCGCCGUCCCAUCACUGCUCCACAGCCACACCCACCUCCAGCCACAGACAUGAAAGCCAUACAUGGAGCUUGGAGCAGACAGAGAGCUUGACUUCAGAUUCCCAGUCAGGUAUCAUGAUGUCAUCUGUGGGUACCAGCAAGUGUAACAGCCCAGCCUGCAUUGAGGCUCGUGCCCGGCGUGAAGCAGCCUGCAACAUGGAGGAUGAAAGGCGGCCAGCCAUGCCAUACCAUGAUUCAGUGGACUCCCUCCGGGACUCACCACACAGUGAGAGGUAUGUGUCAGCCCUCACCACGCCUGCCCGCCUCUCGCCUGUCGACUUCCACUAUUCCCUGGCCACGCAGGUGCCUACCUUCGAGAUCACCUCACCAAACUCUGCCCAUGCUGUCUCACUCCCCCCAGCUGCACCCAUCAGCUUCCGUCUCGCUGAGCAGCAACCGCUCCUUCGGCACUCGCCUGCUACCAUGGCCCCCGCCUCUGACAUGCAACGUAGCUAUGACAGCUACUAUCCACCCCGACGGGGCUGCUCCCACGACAGCAUGGGAAGUUUGCCUGCCAGCCCUUUCCGAAUUACCGAGGACGAUGAAUAUGAGACUACACAGGAGUGUGCGCCUACCAUUGAACCGCCCAAGAGAACAUCUACAGGUCAUCGGCGGUGGAGGAAAUCCAGACUGAACGGGCACAUGGCCCAGCGGGCGCGGGCCGUCCGGGACUCCUUCUCACUCAGCAGUGCCUCCUACAGUGAAUCAGAUGAGGAGCUGGUGGCCGAGUGUACCCCUUUUCUCAGCAUCCACACCUCGGACAUGCUGGGCACAGACUCCCCCCCGCUGUACCAGCCAGUGGACAGCAGGACUUAUUACUCCUUAGACAGACACAGCACCCAAGAGAGCAGACACAGCCGUAUCACACACCCACGGGGGAAACAAGACUCCGCUCCCCUCUAGGACCCAUUCUUCCUCCUCUUCCCCACCUUGUCCUCCUCCUUCCCUCACCCCUUCUCAUUUCCCUCCUUCUGCUCCCUGUAUCUUUAAGGAGAACAAAAACCACACACUUGGAAAGAAAAAAAAAAGAAAUAAAAAUAUUUUUAUUUUAUAUAAAAGGAAAAAUAUAACAAAAUGUUUUAUUUUCAUUUUAGCAAAAGUUGUCUUAUAAUAGCUAAUAGCAAAGACUUUUUUAUAGGAAACUCUAUUUAUAUGUAACAUCUUGAUUUACAGCUUCGGAAAAAAAAAAGAAACAAAAAAAAAAGGAGAGAUGGGCCAAUUUUUUGACUAUUUAAUAGAAACCUAUAUGUGGUGCCUUUUUGCUGUACGCUAAUAUGGAGCUCCUGGAGAGAAGGCUGUGGCCACCUCCGCUGUCCAACAGGUUAGUGAUCGGCUCUGGCCACCCCAACCCCACCAUUUUGCCUCCCCUUUCCUUCCCCAUUCCACUCAGAGAUGAUGCCCACCCUACCCCUAGACUGGACACAAAGAGAAACAGAAACUAGCCACAGUGAAAAGAACCAGGGAAGAGAUUCCGAGGUGGUCUUAUACUCAUCCUUCUUGGAACCUAAUUUUGGCACUUGGAAAGAAGAAACUUAGGGGAGAUGGGGAAGCAAUCAAACCAUUCCUCUCCCCCACCCCCCUUGCCUCAAUAAUGGGUAGGAAAUGCUAUGUCUCCUGGACUUCCUUUCCAGAAAAUGAGGACUUGGAUCCUACAGAUUGGAAGAACAAAAGCUAAGAUAUCCAUUUUUGAGACAUUGAGAAGUUGGGUGUGACAGGAUUAGGAGACAGACUAGGGUCCCACUGGCCAAAGUGGGCAGGGCUUCCUCCCAUCCCUCUCCACCCCUGUCAGGGGUGAGCUCAAAAAAGAGGAUACCCUUCCCCACCUCCGGUGUCCAGGGCCCAGAGGGUUAGCCCAGCAAUGCAUCCCAAGUCAGGGAGAGCCAGAGCUGCGGUGAGAUGAGGGAUAACACCCACUUCCCUCCUGCCCCAGGGAGGUCUCUCCAGAGCUCCCCUCAGUUCUCUGCAGCACCUCGUUUACAUGGUUCGCCUUUUCUCUUUUACGCCUGCAUGUCCUGCAUUUCAGAUACUGUAGAAUGGAUGCAUGGUGAGGCUGUGAUUGAGAAGACACAAUUGACAGUGUAUUUGAUUUUACCUUUUAGCAAUAAAGUAACUAACCAAUCCCCUUUCCCUACCCCCAAUCCCUUCUCCGAGCCCCCAGUCCAUCCUUCCAACCUCUCCUCCCCCACAAAAAAAAAAAUAAUCAGGUCUGAUCAAAAACAAAAAAUCAGCUAAUUCCUCAUAAAGGUAUUGUAAAAACACAAACGAACAUAAACCAAGGAGAAAUCUGCCCCAGAUUGUCUGAAUGUCUGAACUCUUGACUGUUGAACACUUGAACUUUUUUUAUAUUAUAAAUAAAAAUCAAAAUAACUCA